AACCUAGAAACAACAACAUUGAACUUUUAUACAGUCUAUGACUAAACCUCACGAAUAAAUGUAAUAACAGCUGCGCAGGGCCUGUCUGAUCAUCUGUAAAGUGUCCUGAUGGCGGCUGUGAGGAGCAUGAGCAAAAUGUAUGGAGUGGGUUUACACGCUGUGCGUCAGACGGCAGGACUGAAGGCAUCCAGGCUGCUUCAACACAGAGCUUUCAGGGUCGGGGCUGUGCAUCAGCAGCAGCCGUUUGACUCCUCACUGGAAAAGCCACAGUUCCCCGGGGCCUCUGCUGAGUUUGUGGAUAACCUUGAGUUCAUCGAGCCCAAUGUGAUCUCUGGGAUCCCAAUUUACAGGGUGAUGGACCGGCAGGGAAACAUCAUCAACCCUUCUCAAGACCCUCAGCUCUCCAAAGAGACUGUUUUGAAUUUUUAUCAGAAGAUGACUCUGCUGAACACGAUGGACCGUAUUCUCUACGAGUCUCAGAGACAGGGACGAAUCUCCUUCUACAUGACCAACUAUGGUGAGGAGGGGACACACAUUGGUAGUGCUGCUGCUCUGGACCCAAGUGAUCUGGUCUUUGGUCAAUAUAGAGAAGCUGGAGUACUGAUGUACCGCGGGUUUCCUCUGGAUUUGUUCAUGGCUCAGUGCUAUGCCAACGUGGAUGACCUCGGCAAGGGCCGGCAGAUGCCCGUUCACUACGGCUCCAAAGAUCUGAACUUUGUCACCAUUUCCUCUCCCCUGGCGACUCAGAUUCCCCAAGCUGCUGGAGCUGCAUACGCCAUCAAGAGAGAAAACAUCAACCGAGCUGUGAUCUGUUACUUCGGAGAGGGAGCAGCCAGCGAAGGGGACGCACACGCUGGCUUCAACUUCUCUGCCACCCUGGAGUGCCCGCUGAUCUUCUUCUGUCGUAACAACGGCUACGCUAUCUCCACCCCCACCAACGAGCAGUACAGGGGAGAUGGCAUCGCUGCUCGCGGUCCGGGUUAUGGAAUGCUGUCAAUCCGCGUUGACGGCAAUGAUGUGUUCGCUGUGUACAAUGCAACAAAGGAGGCUCGCCGCAGGGCUGUGGCAGAGAACCAGCCCUUCCUCAUUGAAGCUAUGACCUACAGAAUUGGUCACCACAGCACCAGUGACGACAGCUCAGCCUACCGCUCCGUGGACGAGGUGAACUACUGGGACAAGCAGGACCAUCCCAUCUCCAGGCUGAGGCACUACAUGACGGCCCGGGACUGGUGGAGCGAGGACGACGAGAGGAGCUGGCGGAAACAAUCCCGCAAGAUGGUCAUGGAGGCCUUCGAGAGGGCCGAGAAACGCCAGAAGCCUAAUCCUGAACUGCUAUUUACAGAUGUGUACGAAGAGAUGACGCCCCUUCUGAUCAAACAGAAGGAGUCCCUGUCACGCCAUGUGCAGCAGUACAAAGAGCACUAUCCGCUCGACCUGUAUGACAAAUACCUGCACUAAGAGGAUUGAACAGAGUAUUUGGUGACUAACAUGGGAGUGGUUGUGGAUUAAGACUGCGAUAAAAGUGCUGCACACUCUAGCUCUAGUCCUAAAAUCAUAGUUUUGAUAUGACAAGUCAUCCCUUCCUCCACAGCUGAGGUAGAGGAGAUGAUUGUACUUUCAGAAAUAUCUACUACAUGCCUCUGGGUUUGGUGCCUUAAGUUCAUAGAUCUACUGUCUGUUAUAAAGCUCCUCUAUUUAAGUGCUUUAUCACUAUCACUCUUAUUACCAUUCAAAGUUACUCAACAUCACAAAUGACCUUUCUUCAAGUGCAGCAGACUGGUGGCUGUUGUAGUUUGAAUUCACACAAUAGAGACAAAUAAACAGCAAUAAACCGGUGAAGUGUAACCCCCUGUUGUGUAUGUUCUCUUUCUGUACCGGUCUUCUUUGGUGAUUGUGGUCUUUCACAGGCGUUCUUGUGUAUCAUUGAGUUGACUAAUCUAACUUGUGUUUGAGAACUCUUUCUAGUGGGCACACAAAUUUGAGAUAGGUUUGUAUAACGUAAUGCUGUUACACACUACCAUAGGAAGUGGGAAAUCACUGUCUGGUUAAUGUUUUAUGUUUGCUGUUUUGUGGAAAAUAAAAGUACAAAAACAUG